CACACGCUUACGCAAAAACUGUGUGUGAUGACACCAUCGCACAUGGUCUCCUCGUCGCUCGCGGCACUAAGUACGCGGCCGGCUGUUCGGGCGUCGGGAGCCACCAAUGCACUGCGACCAUCACCGUACAUAAGGACCACCUCACGAUCCCUCCACUCACCAUGUCCACCUCUUCUCCCUCGUCUCCGGCGGGCAACAUCGACAGCGACGACGGGUCGCCGCUGACGACGUCAGCCAUCGUCGCGCAGGCCGUUUCCGGGUCGCAUGUCGUCAAUAUAGACGGCUACUCCCGCACCAAGGGGCUUGGCACCGGCAAGUACAUCGCCUCCGAGACUUUCGCCGUCGGAGGCCAUCGUUGGCGUAUGCGCUACUAUCCAGACGGCGAUGCCUCUGCUAGCGCCGAUUGGAUAUCCAUCUUUCUGUGGUGCUCUGAUCGACCUGAUGCUGAUGAAGUCAAAGCAGAAUUCAGGAUAAGUCUGCUUGACCAAGAUAGGCAGCCAGUGCCAUCAUACAGCAGACCCAGCAGCGAGAUACACACCUUCUCCAGCAAAGGGCCAUCUUGGGGCUUCGCUGAGUUCAUCAAAAGGAAGGACUUGGAAGAAUCCCGUUACCUGAUGGAUGAUUCUUUCAGCAUCAGGUGCGACGUCACCGUGUCAAAGGAGAUCUUCACGGAGCAGGUGCCGCCGUCUGUGGUGGUGCCACCGUCCGACAUGCACCAACAUCUUGGAAACCUACUCUUAACCGGCGAGGCAGCCGACGUCACUUUCGAGGUCGGCGCCGAGACAUUCGCCGCACACAGGUGCGUCCUCGCAGCUCGGUCAUCGGUCUUCAAGGCGGAGCUCCUUGGCCCCAUGAAGGAGAAGGCCGCGACUCUGGUGCAAAUCGACGACAUGGAACCCAGGGUGUUCAGGGCUUUGCUGCACUUCAUCUACACCGACUCGCUGCCCGCGGUGGACGACGGUGACGGGGCGGCGGCCAUGGCUCAGCACUUGCUUGUCGCGGCGGACAGGUACAACCUGGAGCGGUUGAAGCUGAUCUGCGAGGGGAGGCUGUGCGACCACGUCUGCAGAGGUAACGUGGCGACGACAAUGGCGCUGGCCGAGCAGCAUGGCUGCGCUGCUCUGAAAAAGGCUUGCUUCAGGUUCCUCACGUCUCCGGGUAACCUCAAGGCGGUCGUGGCGUCUGAUGGGUUUGAGCACCUGAGGAGCAGUUGCCCCUCGGUCCUGGAGGAGCUGGUCACCAAGCUUGCUCCUUGAUCUCUUCAAGUUUAAACUCACAGAAUCUGGAUAUCUAUCUGAAUUUAUCCUGCUAUUUCUGUGUAGAGAUGUGUCGUCACCAUACUAGUACCUGUUAAAAAUAAGGAGCUAUCUGAAUUUUUCCUGCAAUUUCUGUGUAGAGAUGCUAUCUGAAUUUAGCCUGCUAUUUAUGCUCCUUGAUCUCUUUGAGUUUAAACUUGCAAAAUCUGGAUAUCUAUCUGAAUUUAUCCUGCUAUUUCUGUGUA